AUGUCCAAGCAUGUCGCCACUCAAACUACUGAUUCCUGAAGUCUCCCCUGAUGAAUUUAGCAGGUUGGAAGAACAAGGUCAAUAUAUACAAAUCAGUUGUAUAUACAAAAAUUAACUCAAAAUGGAUCAUUGGAUCAUAAACCUAAAUAUAAGAGCUAAAACUAUAAAACUUGUAUAGCAAGGGUUAAUCUCAGCUGAUUUCGAUUAACCACAUUUUGAUGGUUACUUUAAGAUGUCAGCAUGGCUUUCGUUGCCGCUAGCGCUCGCGCAAACAUGGUGAACAUUCCUAAAACCCGCCAGACUUUCUGUAAGAAGUGUGGCAAGCACCAGCCCCACAAAGUGACACAGUAUAAAAAGGGCAAGGACUCUCUCUAUGCCCAGGGAAAGCCGCGUUAUGACAGGAAGCAGAGUGGCUAUGGUGGGCAGACUAAGCCGAUUUUCCGGAAAAAGGCUAAAACUACAAAGAAGAUUGUGCUGAGGCUUGAGUGUGUGGAGCCCAACUGCAGAUCUAAGAGAAUGCUAGCUAUUAAGAGAUGCAAGCAUUUUGAACUGGGAGGAGAUAAGAAGAGUAAGGGUCAAGUGAUACAGUUCUGAUCAUCUUUUGUUUUAUCAUGAAGACAAUAAAAUCUUGAGAUUAUGUUCA